AUGUUUGCUCGCAACCUCACCGGCCCCUGGCACUUUACUUUGCACGAGGCGUUUAAUUCAUCUGUGGCAUAUACCGAUGGGACGGUGGAGCUCUACAAACGUCGGGAGCGGCCGAAGCUGUACUUUAGUGAUGAUGGCUUGUUGGCUCCAUUGUAUCUCAUCACGGGGGUCCAGGAGAUGAAUGCUACUGGGCCGAGCUUUAAUCAUGUUCAGCCUAAGACCGAGUUCUGCGACAGCAUUGCGCAGCAUGUACCAAACUAUGUCACCAGUUCCAGGCGUACAACGUUCAGAGGUCGUGUAAAUCUACCCGAUGGUGCUCAGAGGCCAAUUGCAAUCCUAUCAGAGAACAACUCCUACUUCCAAAAUAACGUUCGGAAUCCAGACUCUUUCCAAUACUGGGCCGAGAUUGACCCCGACACCGGAGAGUUUGCUAUGCCCAGGGUGGUGUUCGAUGCUAUCGAGCUUUUCUACUGA